CGCAUGUGGGUGCAGGGUUGCAGGAGUCAUUGUUUUGUGUCUUUAGGGGACUGUGUACGUGUGUGAGACUGGGAAUCGAACCCAGGGCCUCUGCACUGACUCUGGGGCUAUCAGCUUAUUUAGUGGGACAGAAACAGAAAGGAGGCAGGCAGAGGAGUUUAUCCAGGCAGUCUCUGUGCCCCCCAACACACACACACACACACACACACGAACUUCCUGUAAAAUUUCUGUUCUGUCUCUAAGUCAAGUGGCUUCUUGUCUUUGCCAUCCCUGAGACACAGCCCCUCCUAGACACUCUUGAGCUUGGUGAGAACGUUGCAGGGUGGCAGACUCACGGACCCCUGAAAAGAGAGGGCCAAGCCUUACUUCCUCCCCAGUCCCAGAUUUCGCCAUCUGCAGCACACUUCCGGUGGGUGGGGGUGUGGACAGGGGCUGGCUGGCCUUCGAGAUCCACAGCAGAGGUCAGGAUGCAGGGAGUGGCAGACUUCAGAGACAAGCGGGAGCAGCGGGGGGACACAGGUGACAGGAGAGAUGCCUGUGACCCCAACUAUGAAAACAUCGCCCUGGCCUUCAGAGACCCGGCCCAGCCCAAGGGCCGAAAGCCAGGACUUGGGAAACAAGCCCCGACCCGGCCCAGGCCUCCCUCGGAAAGUGCCCAGGUGCCCGCCUGGCUGCAGAGGUCCAUCAUGAGCCUGUCCCUGCUCCUCAGCCUGCUCUUCACGUUCUGCAUCAUCCUCUCCGCCCUGGUCCUGGUGAAGAACUUGGAGAUGUCCAGGGAGAUGCGGGGCUUGAAAAGGGAGCUUUCCAACAUCUCGAGUUCCGUGUUGGAGUGCCAGGAAGAGCAAAGGAUAGGCUGGAGCAAGGUCCAGAAGGACAUCCGGGAGGCCACCAAGAGCAUCGGCACAGUCCGGAGCCGGGUUGAAGCCGGGAAGGAGAGACUGGAGAUGGUGACAGGAGAAAUAACACAAAUCCGUACAAACAUACAGAAAAUCCUUGAGGUGCUGGAAAGGAAGACAAAUACACAGCCCCCAUCUAAAUAAGAGCACACCGGAGUCACAGCUCAGAGGAUGAGAUUUGCAGGUGCGAGUGAGAUGGAAAAGAGGUUCCCCGGCCAACUGUGAACCUGCCCCUAAUUCUGUGAAUAGAAAAUAAUGCACCAGAGUGAAUGAGGUUUGUGGAGUUGUGCGUGUGUGUGUGUGUGUGUGUGUGUGUGCACAGGAAAGAGGGUGAGAGUGAGAAUGUCCCUGUGUCCCACGGAAGGUGUUACGGGUGUGAAUGUGUGUUGCGUGCACGUCUACGUCGCUACCUGUGAAUCUGUGUCCCUACUCGUGACACACGUGUGUCAUGACAUGAGAGCACAGGCAUUUCCCGUGGGGGGCUGUGUAAGGACCCCACAAGUGUGUCACUGUGUGUGUGGGUGCCACGCGAUACCUGCCCGUCAGCACAGGGGCACAAGCACACGGCACUGUCACGUGGUACGAACACGUGCGUACACCGCACACCUCGGCAAAGUCUCCCUGUACGUACGGGGUCGCCCUGUCUGCCCCGUCACCCCCUGUACCUGUGAGCCCAGCGACGUCAUGCUGUGUGUUCAGAUCGCACACUCGCACGUGUGCUCUUGUCCCUGCACUCACGUUUUGUGAUUCACACAGAUACAAACCAAGGGGAAACAACGUGGCUCUUGACCUGUUCCGGGAGCAACUGAGGGGGGUCAGGGGGUGGCAGGUGUGAAUGUCCUCGAGAUGGGGCGAAUCACACAUCGAGCGUGGAUAUGACGCGGGAAGUCCCGGGGCAGAAGGGUGGGCAACUCUAAGUGCGAGCGGGCCCAGGGGUAUCUACGGGCGGACUUGUGCUCAACGUCCUCGGUGCGCCCCCGCCCCGAGCGAGGGACCGCGCGCGCCGGGGUAGAGCAAAGCA